GACGUUUAUAUCACACAUACCACUACUAUGUCACUCAUACCCCUGCAGACGAAUCACUGUAGAUUUGUUGCAGUCGCGCUGCUAACUUUCUUAUGCAUAUUUGUUGGUUAUCAGUGGCAUGGGGGUGCACUCUCCGAAACGUAUGAAGCUAGCAUUGUGGAUGUCGUUCCUAUUGAUACACUCUCUGAAGCGCAUGAAGCUAAGAGUGUGGAUUUCGUUCCCACUGACUAUAUGUGCAGCAACUUACACUGCUACUUAGAACCUGCACUUCAACAGUCAUAUCUCCUGCACCGUUGUGACGACGAGAGAGUGGCCUCCGCUGACAUCCCGAAAGUUGAGGAAGCGUCAGCAAUUAAACAGUGCGCAACCAAACAGUGCCAAGCAGAUAAGACAUUGCUAGCGAGUUUUUCUGGGGCCUGGUGUCCAUCGAAAUUAGACAAGUAUUACCUCGAUGAAGGACUAGCAACCCAAGUCCUAUCGAUACUGCACAGAAAGAAUUAUACAUCUCUGUACGACUUUGGUGCUGGUGUCGGGAGGUAUGUGAAUUUCUACAGAGAAGGUGACAUAGAUGCGUUAGGUUUCGAUGGGAAUCUCGGAGUAGAGGAAUACACACAAGGGAAGGUGAUAAACCGUGACUUUACGAGCAAUGAACUUCUGAACGAGUUGCAGCCACGAGAAGUUGUGACAUGCUUUGAAACCGGAGAGCACGUGCCGAAGUCGAAGGAGAGUAGUCUACUUGACAUAGUCUCUGGUUUAUCCACUCGGAUGGUAGUAAUGAGUUGGGCAAAGCCGGGCCAGGGUGGUGUGGGACAUAUAAAUCUUCAGAAAUUGGACUAUAUCAUCGCUGAGAUGGAUAAACGCGGGUGUGUAUUCGAUGCACAACUGAGCAAGGAAUUCAACGAGGCGUGCACUCUGAGCUGGUUUAAAACCAACUUGUUCGCCUGUAUUAAAAUUUCUUAGGCCGAGACGAGAGUAACAGAGUUGAAUUGAAGCGGAAAUAAUCAAUAUCGCGCUCUAUAGGCGGUGGAAGGGUAUGCGUUGCAGUUACAUAUACGAGCAGUCCAGACGGUCUGUACUAUUGGAGAUAUUGAGGAUUUGUAGCCGACACCGUUAGGGGUCUACCAUUGAGCCUAUAACCUCGCAACGCAGUCGACCAUGUAUCAUCCGCCCCGUACUAAAAAGGUACGACUCCAGCUGUGUCUUGAAUUGGCUGUAGUCAUAUGAAUCACAUUUAUAAGUGUUGAUAUGGGUAAUUACAACACGAGGAGGGUAUAUUUGACAUAUCGUGCUACACAAACAACGAAGUGAAUAUGGCCUAUAAACCACUGUGCACUUUUCUGGACGAAGCAGUGCUAGCUCAUCAAUUUCGCACAAUGCACACGCGUACUUGUAAUAAAGUGUACUUUGAUAUUUAUUGAUGCUGAACACAGGA